GUUGCUGUAGUAGCUGUAGUAGCUGUAGUAGCUGUAGUCUCUGUAGUAGCUGUAGUAGCUGUAGUAGCUGUAGUAGCUGUAGUCCCUGUAGUAGCUGUAGUAGCUGUAGUAGCUGUAGUAGCUGUAGUAGCUGUAGUACCUGUAGUACCUGUAGUACCUGUAGUAGGUAUAGUACUUGUAGUAGCUGUAGUACCUGUAGUACCUGUAGUAGCUGUAGUACCUGUAGUAGGUGUAGUACCUGUAGUAGCUGUAGUAGGUGUAGUACCUGUAGUAGCUGUAGUAUCUGUAGUAGCUGUCGUACCUGUAGUAGCUGUAGUAGCUGUAGUACCUGUAGUAGCUGUAGUACCUGUAGUAGCUGUAGUACCUGUAGUAAUAGUAAUAGUAAUAAAUUGCUUUAUUUGCAUGACCGCAUCAUUUUACAGUAUUGCAAAAGCAUGUAUAUGACAAUCAAAAUAUAAAACAAAACACCGCUAAUAAUAAUCUAGAAAAAUUCGGUUACAUUACUAACAAUGAAUCACGUAUUUUCAUGCAGGAGGAAACAAACUUCAUAACUAACUUAUUUACAUGAUGUUCCUUCGAAUUCAUUAUCAGUUUUAUGCUUUCUGGAGAUGAUUUCUUGUCAAAGUCAGGUAUUAUUCGAUUGAUUUGAUUAAUAAAUGCCUGUCUCUGUACUGAGUAUUUGUUACAUUGAAAGAGGAAAUGAAUCUCAUCUUCUACCUGAUUUGAGUUACAUAAAGGACAUAAUCUAUUUUCUCUUGGCAAAUGAUCGAUUUGGUAUCGGCCAUGUUCAAUCAUAAGUUUGUGAUUACUUAUUUUAAAUUUAACAAAAUUCUGUCGUUCGUCAUAAUGUCUUAGCUGGUAGAGAUAAUCAGAUGUAGAAUAUUCAUCUUUAAAAGUUUUAUAAAAUUCUAGUUUUUUUUGAAUUUUCGAGGCUGUGCCGCCAAAAAGAUAGAUAUUUCUCUCUCAUUUCUAUGGUAUAUCGUCUAAUUUUAUCAUUAUCUAGAGAUUCAGCAUCUAAACUGGUUAGAUUGUAUUGUUCAAGCAUGUUUAUGAAAUUGGAAAAUUAUCCGGAAUUAUUCAUAGAAUGUAGAUUCUUUGACAUAAGGAAAGACUGUUUGACUAUAGAGUCAUUAUCUUUGUUGUUGAGGUAAACAAAAUAUUUCAUAAUUUUCUGAUUUAUCGGGAUAAGCAGCGGCAGUCUAUCAAGUUCAGCUCUGCAGGCUAUGUUAGAGGCCUUAUUGUUAACCUCUAAGUAACGUUUACAGAAUUUGAGGUGGAUUUUUUCUAUUGGGUAGCUAUCCCAUUUUUUAAAAUCUUGCUUGGUAUACAUUCCCCAUACCUCGCUGUUGUAACUCAAGAUUGGGAAUAACAUGGUGUCAAAAAUUUGGGAUGCAGUAUUAGGAUUAAGUUUGUUAAGAAUUGUCCGCUUGCGAAUACUAGAAAACGCGUGAAGGGCCUUUUCUUUUAAGUGUUCGAGUGCAAGUGUAAAGUUUCCCGUUGGAGUUAAACGUGUACCUAAAUAAGUGUAUUCUUGGACAAUUUCAAUUGACUCACUGCCUAUGUUGAAUUUGAUGUCAAUAGAUUUUUUUGGGCGUUUCUGGAAUAUCAUAAUUUUUGUUUUCUUCGGAUUAAUUUUUAGCUUCCAUUUGUCACAAUACAAAGAAAGCGCAUUUAAACAGUUCUGUAAUCCAGUUUUCGAUCUUGAUAGAAUAACUAAAUCAUCUGCGUAGAAAAGUGAAUUUAUUUUUCUCCCAUUUGGGAGAACAAAUGGGUCAGAUAAGGUGUUUUCGAAUAAAAGUGGUAGAUUGUUUAAAUAGAGGUUAAAUAAAAGAGGACUUAAAAUACAGCCUUGACGUACACCUCUGGAAUAUGAAAAAGGCUGUGUUUUGUUUUCACCGAUUUUGAUGGAACAUGUCGAGUUGCAAUAAAGACUUUUCAUGAGGUUGUACAAGUUUCCUCCUAUAUUCGUUUUUAGCAGCUUAUAAAACAAUCCUUCGUGCAGUAGGUGUAGUAGGUGUAGUAGCUGUAGUAGCUGUAGUAGGUGUAGUACCUGUAGUACCUGUAGUAGGUGUAGUAGGUGUAGUAGCUGUAGUACCUGUAGUAGCUGUAGUAGCUGUAGUAGCUGUAGUAGGUGUAGUAGCUGUAGUACCUGUAGUACCUGUAGUAGCUGUAGUACCUGUAGUAGCUGUAGUAGCUGUAGUACCUGUAGUAGCUGUAGUAGCUGUAGUACCUGUAGUAGCUGUAGUACCUGUAGUAGGUGUAGUAGCUGUAGUAGCUGUAGUAGCUGUAGUAGGUGUAGUACCUGUAGUAAGUAAUAGUAAUAAAUUGCUUUAUUUGCAUGACCGCAUCAUUUUACAGUAUUGCAAAAGCAUGUAUAUGACAAUCAAAAUAUAAAACAAAACAGCACUAAUAAUAAUCUAGAAAAAUUCAGUUACAUUACUAACAAUGAAUCACGUAUUUUCAUGCAGGAGGAAACAAACUUCAUAAUUAACUUAUUUUCAUGAUGUUCCUUCGAAUUCAUUAUCAGUUUUAUGCUUUCUGGAGAUGAUUUCUUGUCAAAGUCAGGUAUUAUUCGAUUGAUUUGAUUAAUAAAUGCCUGUCUCUGUACUGAGUAUUUGUUACAUGGAAAGAGGAAAUAAAUCUCAUCUUCUACCUGAUUUGAGUUACAUAAAGGACAUAAUCUAUUAGCUGUAGUAGCUGUAGUAACUGUAGUAGCUGUAGUAGAUGUAGUAUCUGUAGUAGGUGUAGUAGCUGUAGCAGGUGUAGUAGGUGUAGAGCUGUAGUACGUGUAGUGGCUGUAGUAGCUGUAGUAGGUGUAGUACCUGUAGUAGCUGUAGUAGCUGUAGUAGGUGUAGUAGCUGUAGUACCUGUAGUAGGUGUAGUAGCUGUAGUAGGUGUAGUAACUGUAGUAGCUGUAGUAGCUGGAGUAGCUGUAGUAGCUGUAGCAGCCGUAGUACCUGUAGUAGGUGUAGUACCAGUAGUAGGUGUAGUACCUGUAGUAGGUGUAGUAGCUGUAGUAGCUGUAGUACCUGUAGUACGUGUAGUAUCUGUAGUAGGUGUAGUAGGUGUAGUAGCUGUAGUAGGUGUAGUAUCUGUAGUGCCUGUAGUAUCUGUAGUGCCUGUAGUACCUGUAGUAACUGUAGUAGCUGUAGUAGCUGUAGUACGUGUAGUAUUUGUAGUAGCUGUAGUAGGUGUAGUAGGUGUAGUAGGUGUAGUA